AGGAAAGAACGCGCGAGAGAACACCCUGCAAGCCAACGAUAGCCAGAGACUCUUCGGAAGUGGAAAGCUGAAAGCUCUCUCUCCGACCAAAUUUCCGAUCAUGAGCGCAUGCUUCUGCUGCUCUCUGAUUCGUUCCUCCCCUCUCUUCCACGAUGAUCUCAUUUCCCGCCCUCUCGCGAAACUCAGUCGUCCGAUUUUCUCUCUCGCGCUCAGCAAACAAUAUUCCGAUGCUGCUGCUCCUAGAUUCGUCGUCGUAAGAGCCGUCCAGCCCGGCCUCGGCGUUGUGGAACCGGGAGACGUGUCGGUGGGGGACCCGCCGUCGAUUGAUGUUGUAGAGGCCGGAAAUGGAGAGGUUCUCGGAGUCGUUGGUGGAGUGGUGGACGCCAAAUUGGAGGAUGAUAAACCCCUAGCUCCGGCGACUAGGGUUAGGAAGAAGAAGGAGGACGAGGGCGGCGAUGAUAAUCGGUUCAAGCUUAGGAACGGAAGGGAGGUUUUCGAAGAAAAAGCUUACAUUGUGGGUGUUGAGCACAAACGCGGUACAGCGGAUUCGUUUGGUGUGGAGGAAUCACUCAAGGAAUUGACCCAGCUAGCUGAUACUGCUGGACUUAUGGUUGUUGGUUCCACGUAUCAAAAACUCGUUUCUCCAAACUCGAGGACGUAUAUUGGGUCUGGCAAGGUUGCAGAAAUCAAGAGUGCAAUUAACGCAUUGGGUGUGGAGACUGUGAUAUUCGAUGAUGAGCUAUCAGCGGGGCAAUUGCGCAAUUUGGAAAAGGCGUUUGGUGGAGAGGUUAGAGUUUGUGACCGCACUGCCCUCAUUCUGGAUAUUUUUAACCAGCGGGCUGCAACACAUGAAGCAGCUUUACAGGUUGCAUUGGCACAAAUGGAAUACCAGUUACCUCGGCUAACAAAAAUGUGGACCCAUCUUGAGCGUCAAGCCGGUGGACAGGUUAAGGGGAUGGGUGAGAAACAAAUUGAAGUGGAUAAGCGUAUCUUACGUACUCAAAUUGGUGUUCUCAAGAAGGAGCUAGAAUCUGUUCGAAAGCAUAGAAAGCAGUACCGGAAUCAGCGGCUUUCUGUACCUGUCCCUGUAGUAUCUUUGGUUGGGUACACCAAUGCUGGAAAGAGUACUCUUUUAAAUCAAUUGACCGGAGCCAAUGUCCUUGCUGAGGAUCGAUUAUUUGCAACCCUAGAUCCAACCACAAGAAGGGUUCAGACGAAGAAUGGGAAAGAGUUUCUUCUCACAGAUACUGUUGGUUUCAUUCAGAAGUUACCAACUACAGUGGUUGCUGCCUUCAGAGCGACACUGGAGGAGAUAUCAGAGUCAUCAUUGUUGGUGCAUGUGGUGGAUAUCAGUCAUCCACUGGCUGAGCAACAGAUAGAAGCUGUGGACAAAGUUUUGUCAGAAUUAGACGUGGCCGCAAUCCCAAAGUUGAUGGUGUGGAACAAGGUUGAUAAGGUUAGCAAUCCUGAAAGCAUAAAGUUGGAAGCAGAAAAGAGAGAUGAUGUGAUUUGCAUAUCUGCUCUUAGUGGUGAGGGCAUAAAUGAAUUCUGCAGUGCAGUUCAGGAAAAAUUGAAGGACUCUAUGGUAUGGGUGGAAGCCUUGAUCCCGUUCGAGAAAGGGGAGCUCCUCAGUACCAUACAUAAGGUUGGAAUGGUGGAGAGAACGGAAUAUACGGACAAAGGAACGCUGAUAAAGGCACACGUACCACUGCGGUAUGCAAGGCUACUAACACCAAUGAGGCAACUAUGCAUAUCAUGAUCGCAAUUUUCUUCAUCGACGAUCCACUGUUAUGUGGGAGCUCGUUGCUCAUCAUACGAGUCCCCUCAUUAAUUUGACGGGUAAAAAUCAGUUCACGAUCGCGCACAGAGAAAUUUGUAAUUAUUAUGUACAUAUGUAUCGUAUCAUGUUUUCUGUCAGUGUAAAAUCCUUCGAAACUAGACAGACCACAGAUGUAACUGACUUCAUAUCCAUCUUAUUGUUUCAAGUUCUUCGAA